AUGGAGACUAAACAUGAAGUCUGCAGCCCUUUCAUCCCGCGGCGCAGCGCUUUGAGGAAAACCAGUGCAGAGAUAGUCAGUGAAGCCAGACAGGCCCUGCGAGUUCAGUCCACCCACCGACCGUUUACGCCCAGGGAUGGACAAAGACGACUGUUUGGGAGGAGCUCUGUUGGUGCAGAACGGGACAGCCGGCCUCCAUCUACCUUCAGUCUUCAUGCUCAGAAUUUUGAUGCUCCGGACUCCAGGCCCGGUUCUGGGACUCGACUGGCUCCUCUGGACCACAAGCCAAAGUUUCCAGUCGCCUGCGAUGCCGAGGAUCCAUCCAAGGCCUUUCCCAAACCGCCCACUGACCCAGUUGCAGCGAGGAGGGGGCUGGCAGGGUCACGGGCCCGCCUCCUCAGGGCCGGAUCGCUCACCACGCUGCCGCCUGUAGAAGGACUCACAAAUGUGAGAGAGAGAUUAAACGCAGCCCCGAGACAACAGCAGCCGUCGGCUAAACGAGUUUCCAGCGCAGACAGUGGUCCUGGCAAACCGGGCCCACGCAGAACAGCCAGUGAAAGCAGCAGACUGAAGCCGCCCGGUGUUGACUCAGGACCCACAGAGAGCAGAGCAGAACACAGAACAGAGCCGGGGUUCGGAGACAACAGCACAGAGGAGAAUGCAGAGUCACUGCUGUGGAAUGAUGUGAUCGCUCCUCUGCUUCAGCAGCUGGAGAGUGUGGCUGCAGGCAGCCCUGAGGACUCGCUGGACCGCCUGUGUGAUUUGUGCGAUGGUCUCCACGGCACCUUGGCAGCAGCGGACAUGCUCGGCCGGCGCUGUAAGAGGAGGUCGGGGAUACUUCGAACACUGUUCCGCCUCAUUGACCUCAGCUCGGCCCGGCUCAACCUGCACAUUGCCGAGCUCUGCCUCACUCUGUGCGUCAGUGGAAACAACCUGCUCAACAUCUGCAAGCUGGUUUUUCAGAUCAGCCGGAGUGAAAGCAACGACGUCCUCUUCCAGAGCAGCUCCAUCAUUGACUUGCUUCUGGAUGUCCUCUGCAGUGAGGAUGUGUCUGCAUCUGGAGAAGCUCUGCUGUAUUGUGUUGGCACUUUGAAGUUUCUGUCUGGAAACACGACCGUGGUCAGACUCCUGCUGGAUAAGAACUGCAUCGGUGUGGCUCAGAAACUCAUCAGGAAGCUCUGCACAGUAGAAGACACCAGCUUCACCACAGCAGGUCACAUCGCCGUGCAGCUGACGGCGACCCUCAGGAACCUCGCUGAUCACCCUGAAUCCCGUCCGCUCUUUGUUUCCUUCACCAUCCUGCCAGAGCUCUGCUUGGUGCUGCGUCGGCACUUUAAAGACCAGGACAUCUGCACCAACAUUUCCAGAAUCUACAGUAAACUCUCCUCUUACUCUGAGUGCCGCUUCGCUCUGGUCCAGACCCCCGACUGCUACCAGCUAUUUUUAGAACUGCUGAGCAAACACCACCAGAAGCAGGACCUCGUCGUCCGCCUGCUCUUCACUCUCGGGAACCUGACAGCCAAAAGCGAUGAGUCUCGCCAGAAGCUCUUCCAGUGCGACAGUUGUAUGGACACACUCCUCAGACUGUACAGCAGCUACCAGCGGAGGGAUGUGUCAGCGCACACAUCCACGCAGGAGGAAGCCCCGCCCCCCUGCAGGUAUCCCACUCCUCCCAUUAGCGCGCAGGAGGCCGACGACGUGCUGGUGAAGCUGGUCAGGCUGCUGGCAAACAUGUGCAUCCACCCGGCUGUAGGUCCGUCUCUGGCCAGAGACACGACCUGCACUCAGCUUCUGAUGGAGACACUGGGUGAGCACAGAGGAGCAUUAACAGGACAGACAGUAGCAGACAUACAGCCGUGUUGUUUCUCUUUUUCUGUUUGUUUUUUUUGUCUGUCAUCAUACAAAGGAUGCAGUGUGUGAACAUCUGGGUUUAAAAAUAGCUGUUUGGAGCAUUGUGCGUACAGUAAGUAUCUGCGACGCACCGACCACUUCCCUUGUGCUGGGAACAAGACGUGAAUUUGGUCGAAAACACACUCCUCGUUUGUCUGUUCAUUCCUUUGCUGCGUUCCUCUCAGUACUCUCUGUUCGAUACACAGCACAUCCUCUUCUGGUUUACCUGCUCUGACAGAGCGCAGCGCUUCACUGCAUGAGCAGGAUGUUCUGUCACAGCUCACAGACGACUCGGUUUGCGUGUGAGAGUUUCUCCCGU